AACAUUAUAGAUGUCUUUCUCAAGAUGAGAAGGAAUAAUUUGGAGGAGGAGGAGACAUUCUUCUAUCUUCUUCCCUUAUGUGGACCAAUAAAGCAGCCUCCUCCAUUUUUAGUCCAAAUAUCCCUGACCUCCAUAACAAACUGUAAGGACACACAUGCAUCAAGGUGAAGAAGAACCAAAAAGAGAAGAAGAACAAGAAGAUAGCCAUGGAAGGAGAUCAUCGAGGUGGAGCGACACGAAAUUGCUUCGAACUAGAGGUUUCAUUACCAAUCCAUGAAAUGGGUUUUGGACAGUUUGAUCAAGAAACCCAGGGCUUGAGUUUCUUGCUGGUUCCAUCUCAUCACCCUUCUCAUGUAUCUCUACCUCUUCUUAAUAACACCAGCAACAACAGCACCAGCAGCAUAGGAGGACUUAGUAAUAACGACCUUGUUACUAGGCCUACUUCUUCCAACAACGAUCAGGUUAGGAUGAGUUUGGAUUCCAACAAGUUUGUUAAUGAAGAGAACAUUAACGAUGGCAGUGAUUCCUGGUGGAGGAGUUCAUCAUCCACAGAGAAGAACAAGGUAAAGGUGAGAAGAAAGCUUAGAGAACCCAGGUUCUGUUUCCAGACAAGGAGUGAUGUGGAUGUAUUAGAUGAUGGUUACAAAUGGAGGAAGUACGGCCAGAAAGUAGUCAAGAAUAGCCUCCACCCAAGAAGUUAUUAUCGUUGCACACAUAACAAUUGUCGAGUGAAGAAGAGAGUGGAGCGAUUAUCAGAAGAUUGUAGAAUGGUGAUAACAACUUAUGAAGGUAGACACACUCACUCUCCCAGUGAAGAUUCCAAUUCAUCAGAGCAUGAGUGUUUCAACUCAUUCUAAUUAAUUAUUUCUAGUUACUUUGGGUAUUCUAGCUAGAUUUGUCAUUCACCUGGUGACUAUUGUUCAAAGCUUAACCAGCUGGAAAUGUAGAAUUUAUAUAUAUCCUCUACUUGUAUGAUAUAUAAAACUACCCUCUUAUAAUGAAAAUUAUAAAGAAGAAAAGAGAAAUCAAUAAUAUUUAUCAAUA